GUCAAUCCUACUCCGGGUUGUGAAACAUCCCAACAUGGCGGCGUAACAGUGGUGGUAAAAGUCAUGGAGAGCAUACAAGCAUUCCGAGAUUGGUUCUGGAGUGAAAGUUUUUGGCUGCCUGCUAAUGUCACCUGGGACACCUUUGAAAAUCCACCUCCUGGUGAAUAUUAUCCAUUAGAAAGGCACAUACUCCUUCCAAGCCUAGUACUAGGAAUUGUUCUCCUUGGAGUCCGACAUCUUUAUGAAAGAUAUCUAGUGGUACCGUUUGCUGUAUAUAUGGGCCUAAAGUUCAAGAAGUACUAUGCUGUGGAAAAAAAACCUACAUUGGAAACUCAGUAUGCUUCUGCCAAAUUCCCUAAACAGGACCAAAUGGAGGAGCUGGCCAAAAAAACCAGUUUGACAGAGAGACAGAUACAAAGAUGGUUCCGACACAGACGCAAUCAAGAAAUGCCAGGCAGGAUAAAAAAGUUCAGGGAAUGCAGCUGGCAUUUCCUGUUCUAUAUCAUGAGCUUUUUUGGUGGCCUGUAUGUCCUGUGGGAUAAACCAUACUUCUUGGAUUCCAAGUACUUUUGGGUAGACAUGGGGCGACAGCAUGUGCCCAAUGAUGUAUACUGGUACUAUACGAUAGAGUUAGCCUUCUACUGGAACCUGGUGUUUACCCUGGUGACAGAUCAUAAGAGGAAGGACUUCGUAGAAAUGGUCGUUCAUCACAUUGUUACCAUUUUGCUCAUCUACUUUUCCUUUGCCUGCAACCAGCUCCGUUUGGGCACAAUGGUCCUGCUCGUUCAUGAUUCAGUUGAUUUCUGGAUGGCAGGUGCGAAGAUGGCUCUUUAUUUGAAGAAAUCAAAAACUGCAGAUGGUUUAUUUGGAAUUUUCCUUUUGAUAUGGUUUUAUACCAGGCUGUACAUCUACCCCUUCAGGAUAGUAUGGUCUGGGUGCGUCCAAUCCCUUCAACAUACGACUAUAUUUCCUGUGUACUGGCUCCUCAAUGGUUUACUCUGUGCCCUCCAAGUGCUCCAUAUCAUAUGGACCUACAUGAUACUGCGCAUGGUGGUGGCGAAGCUAACCAACAAUGAACUAAAAGAUGUCCGAAGUGACACUGAAUCAUCCACUUGUGGGGAGGAAGACGACAUACCAAAGGAAACAGAACCCAUUGUCAAUGGAUCCACAAACUCUCUGAGAAAACGUCCAUUGUCUGACGACAGAGGAACCAUAGGGGCAAGGCGUCCAUUGUCUGACGACAGAGGAACCAUAGGGGCAGGGCGUCCAUUGUCUGACGACAGAGGAACCAUAGGGGCAGGGCGUCCAUUGUCUGACGACAGAGGAACCAUAGGGGCAGGGCGUCCAUUGUCUGACGACAGAGGAACCAUAGGGGCAGGGCGUCCAUUGUCUGACGACAGAGGAACCAUAGGGGCAGGGCGUCCAUUGUCUGACGACAGAGGAACCAUAGGGGCAGGGCGUCCAUUGUCUGACGACAGAGGAACCAUAGGGGCAGGGCGUCCAUUGUCUGGCGACAGGGAACCAUAGGGGCAGGGCGUCCAUUGUCUGACGACAGAGGAACCAUAGGGGCAGGGCGUCCAUUGUCUGGCGACAGGGAACCAUAGGGGCAGGGCAUGUAGGGCAGGGGCAAGCAAUUGUGCAAUACAUAUACUAAUAAUUAUUAUGAUGCAAGCAAUAAUCUUCCAUUAGUAUGUGUUCUGUCCUUAGGGUUUUCCUUACCAUACCAGGCUUACAGGAAAGAUAAUCUGUGUUCAAGUACAGCUGUUAUGAGAUAUGUUUAAUACAUGUUAAAAUAUUUUUCUUAGAUAAAAGCAAAUUAUGUUACUAUUAUUGUAAUUUUGUGCAUGAGGGUUAGUGAUGUGAAAAACAAAAUUUGCUCAUAAUUGUAUAUACAGUGGAACCUUGUUUUCUCACCUGAUCUGGAGGACCAAGGUGACUUUUUCCUGUACUGUGGUGUCUGUCAUCGCCCUUAAGUCAACAGGUUCUUCAGACAACUUCUUCUGGACAGCUUUAUCCUUAGUUGUGGGGGAUUCAAAAUGGUUAAUAAAGGAGCUGACCCCACUUUGGGCUGAGAGUCAGCGCCAAAAAUGAGUAAUGUGGCCAUGUUGCUUUAAGCAAAUUCUCCUCUUGAAUUAUUAGAUAGAUAUCAACCGUGAAUUUAAAAUUGUAUCAAUGGAAGGGUUGCCCCCUGUGGGACUAAAGGACAGGACAAAAGAUAGAUUAUUUUACCAUAGUAUUUUGAGCGAUAUCUCUUCUGGAACUAUAUGUCAUGGAAUUAAGCAACAUCUGGUUGGAAGCAUCCUGGGCUGAUGAUAAAUAAAAUCUAUUACCUUUAACUGAGUGAGAUUGGGUUUUCUCUUACCCCGCACAGGUGUAUCCGCACUUCUACCGGUGUGAGAUUUUCUUGUCUCGCCCUAGGGUUGAGAAGGGGGGGAUUCCCCUAUUCAUAACAAUGGUAUGACGUCACUUAAACAAUAAAAUGACGUUACGUCAACCCUGAAUUUAGCCUGAAAACGUUAACACUGCAAUAUGCAUACGAUACACCACAAGUGAACAGGGUAAGAGAAAAAGAAUCAUUCACCCCCUUGAGGGUGAGGUAGGGUAAUCUCAACCCGAGGGAGAGAUUCUUAAGUUGCCAAACACGAGGCUUAGAUUCUAUUAAUCUCAGGUGAGGGCUAGGAUUAUGUAACAUAUCCAAACUGAGGCAUAAGCUGAGGUUUGGAUUUUACAGAAUCGUAUCCCGAGGCUAGGAUAACCCCACCUUGCUCAGUUAUAAAUAAUUGAACUUUUUUGCACCUUUUAGUAAGAGAAAAUAACAGAUCAUGCUUAAGUGUACAAGUUCAACAUCUGGCCCCGGGAUCAUGAAACAAUCUUAGACUUAAGCUUUUCAAGCUAAGUAUGACGUCGCUUUCAUGACGUUAUUUGUGAUUGGCUAAGGCAAAACUUCAGAUAGUUUUAGACUUAAGAUCGUUUCAUGAUCCUGGGGCCAGGGGACUUAAGUAAUAUGGCCUAUUCACUACUAAAGCUACUUUUGAAUGCUUUCUGUAAAAAUGUAGUCCGUCCUUGCAAAGAAGAACACAUUUCACAGUUAAGAAUGUAUUUUUUCUACAACAUCAGGAAUCUAACAAUAUCUAAA